UUUAGGGUUUGAAGGACAAGUUGAUCCGGGUCCUCUUGUUCGGUGCCCGUGGUGCUCAACAUUUUCUGUGUUCUGGCUCGCUCGCCUCGGAGCUUUGCCGUCCACCAUCACAUCCUCACGCGCCGUCUCUUCCUUCCUUCCCUCCUACUUCCCCUGCCCCAGGGUCUUGAGGAAGAGGAUAGCGUUCACUGAGGACGUGGUGGGGCUCACCUUGGUUUCAGUUUGACUGGAGUUGGAGAGUAGCCUUGAAACUUUUGCUAAUUGUUUCAGUGCUCUACGACAAUGGUUGGCGCUGCUGUUGCGGCGGCUCCUCGAUUCGCUCCUGAAGAUCCAACACUGCCUGCCCCAUGGAGAGCUUUGGUAGAUGGAAACACGGGGUACAUCUAUUACUGGAACCCGGAGACGAAUAUCACGCAGUACGACAAGCCGUUGCCCCUAGCUGCAUCUGGGCCUCCUCUUCCGUCUGGACCUCCCCCUUCAUCGGUAAUAUCUGGACCGAAGUUGGCCGCAAUUCCCAACGGGUCUGAGCAACUCAAUGGUGGUUCAGGGAAUGGUCAAAUGGCCGGCUUGAACGGCUACCAUUCCUCUUCAGUCGGUGCCAUGCCAAAUCAGCCUAAACUUGCCGCUAUUCCUAUUCCGCGGGGUUCUCAGGCCUCGAUUAAUUCAAAUUUAUCUCUUCCAGCCGGUGGCACUGUGACUGGAUCUGCUGGUCCUGUAGGUAUGGGUUUGUCUGGAGGGCAAAAACAUGGUGCAGGUGUUUAUGACAAUACUGAUCGUGAUGGUUACUACAAGCGCCCAAGAGUGGAAGCUUACACAAAUGCUUUGACUUCUGAUAUUGACUCCUACAGGAAACUACACGAAGUGACCGCACUGGGAGACAAUGUCCCUGCACCUUUUAUGUCAUUUGAAGCUGUCGGAUUUCCACCAGAUAUGCUCAGAGAGCUUCAAAUUGCUGGAUUCAAAUCUCCCACCCCAAUUCAAGCUCAAUCUUGGCCCAUAGCAAUGCAAAAUCGGGAUAUAGUGGCGAUUGCGAAGACGGGUUCCGGGAAGACUUUGGGUUAUUUGAUUCCUGCUUUUCUUCAUCUUGAACGUCAUCGCAACAAUUCAAGACUAGGACCUACUGUGCUCGUGCUAGCUCCUACUCGUGAAUUAGCUACUCAGAUACAGGAUGAAUGCGUUAAGUUCGGAAGGUCCUCAAGGAUCACAAGCACGUGUGUUUAUGGAGGUGCCCCCAAGGUUCCUCAGUUGCGAGACAUUGAGCGAGGAGCCGACAUAGUCAUAGCAACUCCUGGGCGGUUAAACGACUUUUUGGAAGUAAAAAGAGUUAGUCUCAGACAGGUGUCAUAUCUGGUACUUGACGAAGCAGAUCGUAUGCUUGAUAUGGGGUUUGAGCCUCAAAUACGCAAAAUUGUGAAUGAGAUACCGUCACGAAGGCAGACUCUCAUGUACACUGCGACUUGGCCCAAAGAAGUCAGAAAGAUAGCUGGAGACCUUCUCAUCAAUCCUGUUCAGGUUAAUAUUGGUAACACCGAUGAGCUUGCUGCCAACAAAUCCAUCACUCAGAAUGUGGAGGUAGUUGUGCCCUACGAGAAACAGAGGCGACUAGAGCAGAUUCUACGAUCACAAGAGCCUGGUUCCAAGAUUAUCAUAUUUUGUUCCACCAAGCGCAUGUGUGAUACGCUCUCUCGAAACUUGGGUCGUGACUUCGGCGCAGCGGCUAUUCACGGGGAUAAGUCUCAGAGUGAAAGAGACUUCGUCCUGUCUCAAUUUAGAACCGGAAGAACACCCAUCCUUGUUGCAACUGACGUCGCUGCCAGAGGUCUUGACAUCAAAGAUAUCAGAGUUGUCGUAAAUUAUGAUUUUCCAACGGGAGUCGAAGACUAUGUUCAUCGAAUUGGGCGUACAGGCCGAGCUGGUGCCACUGGUCUUGCAUACACGUUCUUCUCUGAACAGGAUGGGAAAUACGCCAAGGAGCUCAUCAAAGUUCUUGAAGGAGCUAACCAGAAAGUGCCUCCAGAGUUGAAGGACAUCGCCAGUAGAGGUGGAGGGAUGUUCAAAGGUCGAAUGGGGAAUCGUUGGGGUGGUGAUUCCGGUGGCAGAGGCGGAAGAGAUGGUGGACGAAGCAGCUAUAGAGGAGGCCGUGGGGAUUUUGGUGGGAGAGGCAGUUCUUAUGGAGGUGGGCGUGACGGUGGUGGCCGGGAUGGGGGUCGCUUUGACAGUCGGGAUCGUUAUGGUGAUCGGCUGGGAGAUCGCAGUCAUGACCGGUACGGGCCACCCGAUGGGGGUAGGUAUGGAGACAAGGACAGAAGCAGAAACCGAAGCCGCAGUUAUAGCAGGAGUCCCAGCCGGUCGAGGGCAUACAGUCGCAGCAGGAGCCGCAGCUACGACCGGUACAGUGAUGACAGGGGUAGAGAGCGUAGUAGAUCCCCACCCAGUCGGAGGUCAUACUCUCCUAGCGGAGGACGGGGCGGAAGACGUUGAAAAUAACUCCAAUUCGUAUGAAUUGUCGAGAUGUUGUGGAGAGAAUUUCCUGAAGACUGUAUUCUGAAGACUGUUCCUGUGACUUAGGGAUGAAACAUUUCUUAUUCAAGAUAUUCCCUUGCCCACCUCAAAUGAUGAGAGAAAUCUACGUAGUUUGCGUAAACCAUGCUGCUCUUUUAUUGCGGUCGCAGGAUUCGGAUUUUACAGUUAGUGAUUUCUUACUUCCCCUCAUUUGUUAGAAGCUACGGUUAGAUCUGAGGGCUGCUUUCAACUUCCGUUUUCAAGGCUUAAAGUUCUGUUGAUAUGACAGCAGUCUGUCAACACCAUCCCGUAGUCUACAACCUCCUGCAAGCCAUUCACUUCUGGACCUCACGCCUAAAUGCUAGGUAUGACUCUGGAAUGCUGAGAUAUCGCUGCUUUGCUAAGGACAAAAAUAUCAAUCAGGUCCCUAGAGUUUCUCAUCUAUAUCCAACUCGACAGAUAAAUCUGUCUUGAAAGCUGCCAGUGGAAUUCAUUUCUGGUCUUAGAACUCAGACGCCUGGAGGACGAAGUUUACGUCUAGCUGGGUGUAUCAAUUUUGGACUGCAUGAAAGCUUGCAGAGAUGUAUUUCUGACAUUCAUAUAGAUUUGAAAUGCAGUAGCUCUUAUUCACUGCCUCAAUCUA